CCCAUUCCUUCAACGCUUUGCACCACCAAACCCCAUGAAAAGUGCCUCCCUAUCUCUUCCACUCUCUCCCUCCACCUCCUCCUCCUCUUCCAACUCUUGCACUCUGUCCUCCUCUUCUGCGUUCCAAGUGAGCAAGCCCAGGAAACCCAGGCGUGCGAAGAAAGGUGCCAACCCAGAUAAGAAGAGGUUGGGCAAUGGCAAGAGAAGCUCGGCCUUCAGAGGAGUCACUAGGCAUAGAUGGACGGGGAGGUAUGAAGCUCACCUCUGGGACAAGCACUGCUGGAACCCCAUUCAGAACAAGAAAGGAAGGCAAGGUUAGAGAGAACCAACACUCGUGUUGGGAUUACAAACAGUGAAAGCCAGCCGAUCGCUGUUGAUCCGUUCUUUAUUCACCUUUUCUAAUGCCCUUUCUUUACUGCUGACAUCUGUGCUUUCUCCCCCCUUUCUUUUCUCGUGGAUCUUGUCUCGUGGCCUGCAUGUGGUUCAUGGAUCCAUGUCUCACAUCCCCGGAUAGUUUAUUUGGGUAAGUCACACCACUCGCAAAGCACCUCCUCCGAAGAAAAAGAAUGGAUGCUCGCUGUUCUACCCAGAUUCAACUUGCGAUCUGACGCAUGGUGCAGGUGCUUAUGAUGAUGAGGAAGCUGCAGCACGCGCCUACGACCUCGCUGCUCUCAAAUUCUGGGGUCCGGAUUCAGCUCUAAAUUUUCCAAAAGAUACCGGUCGCUGACACGCUUGCAUGUAAAAGCAGUUUGUCACUCACACAAAAGAGUAUGAGGAGAUGCAGAACAUGUCAAAGGAAGAGUACUUAGCUUCCCUCCGGCGGCGGAGCAAUGGGUUCUCCAGAGGUGUCUCCAAGUACCGUGGCGUGGCCAGGCAUCAUCAUAAUGGCCGGUGGGAAGCAAGGAUCGGAAGAGUUUUUGGCAACAAGUACCUCUAUUUGGGAACUUUCGGUACUGAGGAGGAGGCAGCCCAGGCGUACGAUCUGGCCGCUAUAGAGUACAGAGGCCCCAAUGCAGUCACCAACUUCGACAUCAGCUGCUACGUCAAGUUCCCACAGCCCCUCCUGCAGCCACAUCCAAUUCCGCAGCCGCUGCAAAUGCCCAAGGCACGGCCACCGGCGCAAGAGCAGCAGCCGAGCGCCACCUGCGAAGAAGAGCGUCGUCAGGCCGUGGAACUGCCGAGCUACGUCGAUCACACUGCAGCAGCAGCAGCCGACGGUGUCGAUGCCAUCCCCUGGAGCCCUUUCAUGGAUCAAUGCUUUGACGACGUCUAUGCCGACCACUGCGUCGGUCUUCAUCGAACAGGUGAUCUGCAUGGCAUUUUUGGUAGCGUUUGCUUCGAUGAUAAUGUCGAUAUCCUCUUCGACGCCUCCGAAUCCAGCAGCAGGGUGGAGGAGGGCGGCGGCGAUGCCGCAAAGGAUUGCAUCUUUGAGGACUCCGCUGCAACCGUGAGUAGUUUGGUGGGGGUGAGAUUGACACAGCUGCUCCAAUGAUUGUUUCGUCUCAAGAACUCGAGAAGCAGUCACAAGUUUUUGUCUGACACUUUGUUGAGCUUUCGGUGAAAGCAUAUGCUAACUCGGUUGAAAAGUUUUCUCCUCAAAUUGUGACUGCCGAUCGAUAGUUUGAUGGCUAAUUUA